UAUUCACUCAUAAAUAUUAUCAAUAGAGGAAGACUGACUAACUGACACACCUCCCAGUCCUGUUAAGCUCAGCUAAACACUCUUCACAAUGCAAAUCCCUGUGCGCAGCAAGUCAGCAUGUUUGCACACACGGAGCUUUGCAAGCCGGAGACUGUAGUCCUGUUCAGUCAAGAGCCACAAGCCCUGGUGAUUAUACAAAGUGGACAAGAACCACAUAGCCCAGCAUGACUUUCUACAGCUGCUUAUUCAUCCAGUGGUUACUGGGUGAACUGAAACGGUGACCGAUCGGAUGGUAAUCUUUUAAUUCACACUUAAAUGCCUCGAAAACUGUCUUGCCAGCCCUUAUUUCAUAAUUUCGUUUAGAGGAAUAGUUUUGGGAUUUUUUUUUUGUUUGGUAUAGUUGCAUCAGCUGGUUUUGGACCAAUAAUCAUCUGUGUGGGAUUUCUGAUUUUGUCAGCACACAGGUAAAAAACACUCUCUGUGUCCUAUUUCAGUUCAUUUUCUGCCUGUGUGUUAUUUUAGGAUGAGCUGUUGUAAUGUUAUAUAUCACAACUUGUAUAUAAGCCCCAGUGAUCAUGACCAAGAUGUAGACGUUCUAUAUGAUCAGUGUGGUCUGGUUAAGCUCAAUUUCACUUUUCUAAGGACUGCUACCAGACAUGCAGCCAGGUGUGCGGGUGUGUGUGCCCAAUGCAACUAUGUUGGGCCUGUUUUGCCGAGGCUGUCUCAGCAGGGCGCGGAGUUUGCACGCUCGCUGCUUCAGCUGUUUGCCCAGGCAGAUGAGCAGGUGGAACAGCCAGGACACCUGCAGCCCCCCACCUCCUAAGGAAAGCCCCCGUGUCCUCAUCACGGGUGGUCUUGGGCAGUUAGGCGUGGGACUCGCACAGAUACUGAGGAAACAGUAUGGAAUAGAGAAUGUAAUUCUGUCAGACAUUAAGAAGCCUCCACCUCAUGUUUUCAACAGUGGCCCAUUUGUUUACGCUGAUGUGUUGGACUACAGACUUCUCCGAGAGCUGAUUGUAAAUAAUCGUAUCACUUGGCUGGUCCACUACAGCGCUCUGCUUAGUGCUGUGGGCGAGGCUAAUGUGGCUUUGGCACGCAAGAUCAACAUCACAGGCCUUCAUAAUGUGCUGGACUUGGCCCUAGAGAAUUGCCUGCGCCUCUUUGUCCCUAGCACCAUCGGAGCGUUUGGUCCCUCUUCUCCACGUGACCCAGCCCCUGACCUCUGUGUUCAAAGGCCUCGAACCAUCUACGGCGUUUCCAAAGUGCAUGGAGAACUGAUGGGGGAGUAUCUCCAUCAUAAAUAUGGCCUGGACUUCCGCUGCCUACGUUACCCAGGUGUGAUAUCAGUCAACACGACUCCCGGAGGAGGAACAACAGACUAUGCAGUUCAAAUCUUCCACGAUGCUCUCAGCACAGGUCACCAUGAGUGCUACCUGCGUCCCGACACCCGUCUUCCCAUGAUGCAUAUCUCUGACUGCCACCGGGCAACAGUAGAGUUCAUGCAGGCCCCAGAGUGCCAGCUAUCCCUGCGGACCUACAACAUCACCGCCAUGAGCUUCACUCCAGAAGAGGUGGCCCAAGAAAUCCGCAAACAUCUACCUCACCUCAAGGUCACCUACAAUCCUGACUCUGUCCGCCAGACCAUUGCAGACAGCUGGCCUGUGAGGUUUGAUGACUCUAAUGCCAGGAGAGAUUGGGGCUGGGCACCGGCCUUUGGCCUUGAGGAGCUGGUGUCAGACAUGCUGCGCUCCAUUCGAGAAAAGAGGACAAAUGAGGGUUUGCCAGUCAGCUAGCAAAGCCUGCUCCACAAAGACUGACCAAUGCCCUACCCCUGACUUUUCUUCAGCCUGCAUUAACCAACAAUACACUUCUUUUCACUUCACUUUCACAAGUAGUCAACAACUAUCCUCCGCUACUCUGGAACAUUAAGGCAAUGAGCUGGACUGUUUGUAAAGUUGGAAUUCUCAGUCAGAUCCUCUCAAUACACAGUGGACACUGAGAUGUCAUAUGCAUGCACUGAAACACGCACAUUUCAGUCUUUUUCAGGGAAUCAUAUACUGUCACCUUCUCUUCAUCUUUGUUGUUUUUAAUUGUUAUCAUGGUAAAAGCAUCACUUUACAAAUGGGUAUGUUGCCACAGAUGGAACUGGAAAAUACUUAUUUCUUAAUAUAUUAGAGAUUACCAAAUGUCAUGUUAAAUGCAUCCAUGGACACAACAGUCUGUUACAAUGUCUAUUAAAAUGUUUAAUACAAUAUGGACCAGUUGCACAUUUAAAGUAACAAAUCUGUUGUACACUUUGAUUUCAGGAUCAUCUGGAAUGGCAGGCUCAGUUAACUCUGGACUGUAAUGACUCAUCAUGUACUUUUAUAAUAUAGUCUAUCAAGUGAAAAUCACACACUGUAUACAACCCCACUACCCUUGCUGUGGCAUCUAACAGGAAGCCUUUAUUUUACUUUUUUGCCAGCCGUGUGAUUUUGGUUAUUAAGGAGUACCAAUAACAAAUGAAGCCUUAUUUACUGUAGAUGACUUUUGAAAACAAUGUAUAAAAAUGCAGUGUACUUUGAAUCAGACCUUGAAUAAUAAAAACAAACAGCAGUGAUUAUUGUAAAUUCUUGAACUUCAUGUA